GGAUCCGCACACACACACAUCCAGCAGCGCAGGGAGAGAACAGCGGCGAGAACUCUGCGCGUUGGGUUUAUUAUCGCUUUGUUCAUGGGACUAAAACGCACUUUUAAUUCUCGACCAGAGUCUGUAGAAGUGACCUGAUCCUCAUUCUUCUGGCCUGUGUGCUGCUCAGUGUGAGGUCAUGGGAGGUUGUUGAUGUCUGACCCGGCCUCCAUCAAAGGAAACCCAUCAGAGUAGCUCGAAGACACAGCGACGGCUCCAAACAUGGCCGCUCAUCGAAUCAGAGCCACGGCCACAAACAACACGUCUCUCCCUCGCUGCAGGUCUGAGGGGACCCUGAUCGACCUCAGUGAAGGAGUGUCAGAGGCCAGCCUGACGGAUGUUAAAGUGCCUUCUCCCAGUGCCUUACGACUGGACACAACGGCCUCCUUCGGUACUGCCAGAGAAGUGGUUGCCAUUAAGGACUACUGCCCAUCCAGCUUCACCACGUUAAAGUUCUCGAAGGGAGACCGCCUCUACGUCCUGGACUCUACAGGAGGGGAGUGGUGGUACGCCCACAACAACACGGAGAUGGGUUACAUCCCUGCAGCGUACGUGCAGCCCAUCAACUACAGAGACUCGUCGUUCAGUGACAGCGGGAUGAUCGACACUGUGGGAGACUGUAACGAGGAGGCGGCCAAAGAGAUGGACCUUCUGGGAGAGUGGGCGGGAGUGAUCCUGAAACCAACCACCUUCCAAAACGGAAAUCCUUUUGGAACAACUAAUACCUCGACUAACCCUUUCCUAAACGGGGGUCCUCAGAGUUCGCUGGAUCAGAACAGCAAUGAGAAAUCCGUGGACCUCCUUCUGUUUGAUACGCUCACUCCUUCAGUGCCGAACUCCACCAGCAGCACCGCCGACAUUAACGGAUUUGGUGGUGGUGUUUUUAACUUGAACGCUAUCAGUCCCUCUGUAGGGCCGGGACAAACGCUGCGCAGGGACAACCCGUUCUUCAGGAGCAAACGUUCCUACAGUCUGUCUGAGCUGUCCAUCCUGCAGGCUCAGUCUGACGCCCCUCAGGCCUCCAGUUUCUUUGGAGGCCUCAAAGCUCCGGCACCUGAACAGUUCCAGAGCAGGGAGGACUUCAGGACAGCGUGGCUUACCCACCGCAAGCUCGCCAGGUCCUGCCACGACUUGGACUCGCUGGGCCAGAAUCCAGGCUGGGGUCAAACGCAGCCUGUGGAGACCAACAUCGUCUGCAGGCUGGACAGUUCAGGAGGGGCCGUUCAGCUUCCGGACACCAACAUCAGCGUCCACAUACCCGAGGGUCACGUGUGCCCGGGGGACACCCAGCAGAUCUCCAUUAAGGCUUUGCUCGACCCGCCGCUGGAGCUGAACAACGACCGCUGUACCACCGUCAGUCCGGUUGUGGAGAUCAAACUCAGCAACAUGGAGACCAAAACCACGGUCACGCUGGAGAUGAAGGUGUCAGUGGUGGUGAAAAUGGAGAGCAGGCAGACGACUCAAGUCCUGUGUGUGAGGAGUGACUGUAAAGAGGGGCCUUACACACCUGUUCCUCAGGCAUACCUGUAUGGAGACACAGUGCAGGUGUGUCUGGACAACCUGGAGCCGUGCAUGUAUGUGUGCGUCGUGGCUCAGUCCCAGUCCUUACCUGCAGACUCCACAGUUUGGGAACAUGUGGUUAAAAAGAUCACUUUAGGGGUUUAUGGUCCCAAACACAUCCACCCGUCCUUUAAGACAGUCGUGGCGUUGUUCGGUCACGACUGCGCUCCAAAGACUUUAUUGGUGAGUGAGUUGGGUAAACCGGUGCAGUCCUCUCCGUCGGUGGUGUUGCAGCUUUGGGGUAAACAUCAGUUUGUGUUGUCCAGACCGCAGGACCUCCGGGUGGAUGUUUACUCCAACAUGGCCAACUACGAGGUGAAGUCCAGCGACCAGGCCAAGGUGGUGCGAGGCUUCCAGGUUAAACUGGGAAAAGUCAGCCGACUCGUCUACGUCAUGGCCUCAAGAAACACGGACGAUGUUUCAGAUUUCACUUUAAGAAUCCAGAUCAAAGACGACAAAGACUGUAUCCUGGCGCAGUUUUGUGUCCAGACACCGACACCUCCACCCAAAGCAGGUCCAAAGACAUCAGUGCAACGGCGCUUCCUCAAGAAGAAGGAAGUGGGGAAGAUAGUCUUGUCUCCUCUUGCCAUCGCCACCAAAUACCCCGUUUUUCAGGACCGGAGGAUAAAUAACCUGAAGUUUGGAAAAUUAAUCAAAACUGUCAUCAGGCAGACUAAAAACCAGUACUUGCUGGAGUACAAGAAAGGAGACUUUGUAGCUCUGCUGAGCGAGGAGAAGAUUAGGCUGAAGGGCCAGCUGUGGACUAAGGAAUGGUACAUCGGAUACUAUCAGGGCAGAAUGGGAUUUGUUCAUGCCAAGAAUGUUCUGGUUGUGGGAAAGGUUAAACCCAUUUAUUUCAGCGGGCCGGACCUCACAACGUCGCUGCUCCUGGAGCAGAUUCUGAAGCCCUGCAAGUUCCUCACCUACAUCUACGCCUCUGUAAGAACGAUACUGAUGGAGAACAUCGGAAACUGGCGAGCAUUCGCGGACGCCCUUGGCUACGUGAACCUGCCGCUGACACACUUCUGUCGGGCGGAGCUGGACAGCGAGCCGGAGCGAGUGGCGUCCGUGCUGGAGAAGCUGAAGGAGGACUGCAACAACGCAGACAGCAAAGAGAGGAAGUCGUUCCAGAAAGAACUCCUGACGGCUCUGUUAAAGAUGGACUGUCAGGGACUGGUGGCGCGGCUCGUCAUGGACUUUGUGCUCCUGACCACGGCGGUGGAGGUGGCCGGACGCUGGAGGGAGCUCGCCGAGAGGCUCGCCAAGGUUUCCCGUCAGCAGAUGGACGCGUACGAGGCGCCGCAUCGAGACAAGAACGGAGUGGUGGACAGUGAGGCGAUGUGGAAGCCGGCGUACGACUUCCUGGUCACGUGGGCAGCUCAGAUCGGGGACAGCUACAGAGACGUGAUCCAGGAUCUUCACCUGGGCCUCGACAAGAUGAAGAGCCCCAUCACCAAACGCUGGAAGCACCUCACCGGCACGCUCAUCCUCGUCAACUGCCUGGACGCCCUGCGGAGCUCCGCAUUCAGCCCCGUCUCUCAGGACGACUACGCCAUCUGACCACGCCACCCCUUCCCCCCUCCUCACCAGCGUACCUCGCUCUCCGGGAGCGUUUCAAACAGAUGAGAUGCUGCAGAUUUGCAGUUUGCUCUCUUUGCUGUCUUCUGCUCGCCUUCAGCUCAUUAGAGGCGCUGCCAGGCUGACCCCGCCUCCCCCUCGGCUAGUGGCCAAUCAACACAGAGCUGCGGUGUUGGUUCACACAGACUCUUUUAAUAGUCCUGUCUGCAUAGUUGUGUAUUUUUGUACUCUUGUUAUGGCACAGCAUUUUAUAAGGCUUCACUUUGAACAGUUUGGGUUAAAAACUGUGGAUCAGACGCCAACAGAGACACUUUUUUCAGAAAAGACGCUUUUUAAUAUCGGAUCCUCAUCACACGUGUGUCAAAGCUGUUCUAUUUAUUUGUACAACAAAGAGAAAAGUCACUCUGUCUUCUUCUUCGGAUUCUCUCACUGUGCUCCUUUUCCAUCUCUGUAACCUUUAAAGGGUUAUUCUGCUCGUUUUAAACCUUGGCUAACCGCUUAUUUUUUACAUGUUUUGAGAUCAAAAAAGCAACUCAAACAAACAAACAAAGGAGGCCGCAGUGGACCAGCAGUCUCUCUCUGUAGGGAUCCUUAAUGUUAUGUUGUCACACCCUUAGACUAACAAUCUUAGCCGGGAUGUGACGAAACCAACAACGUUUAGUGGACACACUUUGAUCCAUCAUGUUGCAGACACCACGGCCUGUUUCACUGCUGCAGGAUGAAAUGUAUGAAUUUCAAAGUAUUGAUGGAUUUCUUCAGUCGUUUAGACUCCAGAAUGAUGUAAAAAAAAAAAAAAAAAAAUCACAGGUUGAAAAAAUACCAGAAUGACCCUUUAAGUGCUGCCAAGAAAACAGAACCAUGUUCUAGCUCUCUCUCUCUCCUCUGGUGCCAAAACAUUUAGUCCAUUCAUUCAGGAGAAAUAAAUAAAUUCAAUCAUCUAUUUUCCUCGUUUGCAGAAAAUAAGUUCAACAGUGUGCAGCUCUGGGUUGACACAUUUGUGAGUUUUUUGUCUUUUAUGUACAAUCUUUUGAACGAAAAUGUUAACUUUUCUGUUUUCUGACCACACUGACUUUGUUUAAAAGCUUCAGAGGUCAUCUUGAUGUUUGUCCACGUGGCCUCACCUGCUCCUGAGCUGUCAGCUUCAUCUCUCCGUCUUCAUCAGCAGAUUCAGUUUGUUACUCAUGUCAGAGGCUGCAGAUCUUUGACACACUUCUCUGCCGCACACAACAUUUACAGACGAUACCGCUGAAGCAAACUAUUUCAUUUAGUGGUGAAGAAGGAUGUCAAAAUGUUCACUACUUGCAUUUUAAACAUUUACCAAAAAGCACUGACACUUUACUAAAAUCUUCAGAGAGAACUGUCUCAAACAAUGCCAACAUGUUUGUACAUUUAAGACAGUGUGCAGAAGUUUGUCUGCAUAUUUGGUAAUAAAAAGAAGAAAGUAGCCAAUAUUGGGUGCCUAGGAUUUCUGUUGCCAUGGUAUCCAAACGAGCAUCAAUGUCGUUUCAUUUUGACUAGAAUAAUUUCAAAAUUUAAAAUCCGGGUAUUGUAACAAGGGAAGUAGGGAAUGUUUUGAGUUUUUUUUCUGUCUGUGACUAAAAUGUUUUUAGAGGUGAGAGUUACAUACUCACAGAGGGGUGCAAGCGUUAGAUGUUGCAUGGCGUCGGGCGCACAGCAUCAGACGCUCGCUGUCCACACUGCAUCCAUUAACUAUGAAUUUCACGUUCCCCCUUAUAAACAGAACGACAUCCCGGUGCUUUUAUUUUGAAGGUGGAGAAAAGGGAAGUGUAGUGCUUUGGUAUCGAUGAGACUUUUGAGAGCGGUGCGCCGAAUAAAGUUUUCCACAAGUCAAAGCACAACAUGAACAUUUCAGUCACAGAUAUGAUCAUUAUUAAUGCGCCUCCAUCUCAACUUUGUCAAAAAACAAGCUCACAAACUCUGUUGGGUGAAGGAAGCAAAAGAAAAUCAAGUAUGUUUUCAAUUAGGACACUCCCAGCGCCUCAUCGACCUUCCUCGUUCCCCGUCCUGCGAGCGACAGAAAGGAUCGCUCACGGGCUGCUCGGAAACUCUAAUGGGAAACAGUGUAAUGGAGCUGAUUCCAUCUCUGAGGCUCGCUCACAAAACAUGCUGUUAGGACACAUACUCUUUAAUCUUCUGCUGUGUGGUGACUAAUAACUCCAUCUGCUGAUGAGGAUAUGUGAAACGACUGAAAGCUGCAGAAUCAGUGAGUUUGGGUUCUUCAGUCAGCGAUAAAUCGACUCAUUAAUCUGUUAAAAAGACUAUCUACAUCCUUACUCUCCAUAAAACACCUCUUCUCUCUUCUCCUCUGUCGGGUAUUUCUUUGUUCUGUUGAAGAACUUUCUACCAAAGUUUGCCAAAAAUGUCCACAGAUCUGACGCCUUGUUCUUGUUUUGACCUCUAAUGCUCUGUUUGUCUCAUUGCUGCGUACUCUGUGCUCAUCCGUCUGUGACUCUCAAACCUUUGUUUGUUUUUGUUGUGACUGCAUACUGUUACUGUGGAAAAGACUGAAUAAUAAAAUGUAAAUAAUUGUACA